GAGGUGGGUGGGCAUAGUUAAACCACAUGCGUGUAUAGUUCAACUUCAAAAACCUUUAUCGGCUUUUGACAAAGCAUACGUAUAAACAGAAAGUAUUUAAUUAUUAAUUUAGUGUCUCUGGUAUAUACUAUAAGGGACACCACCACUGCCUGUCCCAAAAAGAGCAAUAUUACAGAGUGAGCGCCCCUGAAGAAUAAAAAGCGUGCUGCACUCUUUUAUAACGGAGAGUAUCAUCCGAAUUUUUAUCAGAUGGAGAAAUGGCACCGUCGCCGAAGGAAAGUGUGAUCGAAGAUGACCAGUACUUCAGAGUUAUCAUCAACGAGAGAAGCGUUGAUGAUAUCUCGUUGGAUUUCUUUUACAAACCACACACGAUCACAUUACUCGUAACUUGUAUAUCUGGACUAAUAUAUUUCGCUUUCACGAGAGAUGAGAGCAGCCAAGAGGAGAACAACUGGAAUGGACUCUGCUGCGUCCUCUUCUUCUUCCUCAUCAUCAGUGUGCUGGCUUUUCCGAAUGGCCCUUUUACACGACCCCACCCUGCGAUGUGGAGGAUUGUGUUUGGCCUCAGCGUCUUUUACUUCAUGGUGCUUCUCUUCAUCCUGUUCCAAACCCACGCGGACGUGCGGAAAAUGAUCAUCUGGCUCUUCCCGGAUCUGAAGGACUCGGGGCCGGAUGAGAAGGUUGUAUUUGCCCACCUCCUGCCCAACUUCGCGGAGUGCUGGUGGGACGCCAUCGUGCUGGACGUACUGCUGUGUAACGGGCUGGGCAUCUGGAUGGGCAUGUGGCUGUGUCGCAAGCUGGAGAUACGGGACUACCACUGGGAGAGCAUCAAGUGAGUGCUAGCUUUUUGUGUCUGUCGUUGCUCUUAAGUCUUCUCUCUGUCCUCUCCUCUACCUCCCUCCCUCCCUCCCUCCAUCAAGAGAGUGCA